UUUGCUCUAAAUGCAACAAUAUAUUACCUUACCGAUGUGUGGUGUACAUAGCACAGAGGACAGAUCUUUCGCUAACCAAACCCGUUAUAUACAUGCUCUUCACUAAUGGACACGAGAAAGGACAAAUAAUAUAUUUUUAUCAUGUGAAAAACAAUUUGUGCAUGCUAAAAAAAGAUAUAACUAUGUUAUGUGUAGUAACAAGAAUUUGGUAUCGCCAAUGUCAUCUGCACCCAGCAGCUAGCCUGCAUUAAUUAGGAGUGGACAUGAAAAGCGUGAAGUAAAAUUUGAAUUACUGAUAGUUCCCUAAUUACCUAACAAAUCUGUUGUACUCACUGACGCAGCUUUAGUUGCAUCAAUUAAUUCGAAUAGGAGUGAGUAUAGCAUUUCUCAUUAAGAUAUUUAAUGCUUAAUUACUGGCAGUUCUCUAAUUACCUAAAAAUUAUGUAGUAACAUGCAUGUUUGAUACUAAUUAUGUAGUACUUUUCCUAUCAAUUAAAACCAUGACAAUAAUUAUGGAACGGAGGUUUUUUUUUAUUUUCAAUAUACACAAAUAAAUAAAAUUAUAUGAUCAGAAUCCAUCAAAUGGUGUCUCGGACAAAGUAAAAAAAACACAUCAAAUGAUAGACUAAUUGGAUCUCGUGAACCUUAUACUUCAUACCCGUCAAAGUUAAUCUGCUUAGUUUUGUGCAUCAUUUUGAUGUGUAUCGAGUGUUUUGGGGAAUGUUGAACAAUUUUCAUCCUUUCCCCUCAAAAAGAAAAAAAAACAAUUUUCAUCCUAUUUUCUACUAAUUAAUCUAAUUACGUAGUAAAAGAAAAUGGACCUGUUUUCCACUAUGAUCUAUUUGUGCCUCAUCAUAUACAAAUUUACCAACCACUUCUAUUUAAAUCUCGUCGGUUGGGCUUUGCCAAAUCUGAAUUAUCAUGAUUCUAUGAUUCUGUAUAGACCAAUAACCAUUGAGGUCUUCUGUAGAGUCAAACUAGGGGCCUAUGACCAUGCUUUAUUUUUAGGACCAUAUGUUUGUCUUUGGCAGAAGUCAAUUAGGAAUAUUCAAAACCUAAACAAUUAGCAACACCCGGCUCCUGCCGGCAUUUGUCAGCUCUUGGUGCAUCGCCGGGUGCAACUAUAAAUAUGUAGGAGUUCUUGACAUGAGAGCACACACCAACAUCUCCUUCAGCUCAUGCAAGUAGCAAACUCAAGCUACACGACUCACAUCCCGAACAUCUAUUGCAGCAACAUGCCGAUAGCUCGUUUUGCUACAUUGCUCGUAGUCACCGGCUUCCUCUCCACAGUCGGACAUCUCGGAGCGUCGGCAUUUGGCGCUCUCGAUGAUGAUCUCGUAGCUCUUGACAUUGUGUCGAAAAUCCAUACCGACAGGAGUUUGACGGCCAGAGCCUCCUCGGACUUUGGCCACAUUGUGGAGGCCGCCCCAAAUGGUGUUUUUCACCCGGUCUCCCCCGCCGACAUAGCUGCUCUAAUCCGCUUUUCACUCUACCAGCAGACACCGUUCACGGUGGCGCCGCGUGGAAAAGGGCACUCCUCUAGGGGACAAGCCCUCGCCCCGGGCGGCAUUGUCGUCGACAUGCCCUCGCUGGGGCGUGGUGACCAUGGUCACCGUGUAAAUGUGUCCAUCGAUGGGAUGUACGUGGACGUCGGCGGCGAGCAGCUGUGGUUCGACGUCCUCCAUGCCACGCUCAAGCACGGGCUCACGCCACGGGUGUGGACCGACUACCUCCGCAUCACCGUCGGCGGCACGCUCUCCAACGCCGGCAUAGGCGGGCAGGUGUUCCGGCACGGCCCCCAGAUCUCCAACGUGCGCGAGCUUGACGUCGUCACAGGCACGGGAGACAUGAUCACCUGCUCCCCGGGCAACAACUCGGACCUGUUCUACGGGGCGUUGGGCGGGCUGGGCCAGUUCGGGGUGAUAACCCGGGCCCGGGUCGGGCUCGAGCGGGCCCCGAAACGGGUCAAGUGGGUCCGGCUCGCCUACACGGACGUGCACCAGUUUACCGCUGACCAGGAGCUGCUCAUAUCAAACGGAGCCGGGUUCGACUACGUCGAGGGGCAGGUCCAGCUGAACCGGACGCUGACGGAGGGCCGGAGGUCGUCGUCCUUCUUCUCGGCGGCAGAGCUCGCUCGUCUGACGGAGCUCGCACUGGGCACCGGAUCAUCCGCGGUGUACUACAUCGAGGGCGCGAUGUACUACGACGACGGCUCUGCUUCCACGGUGGAUCGGAAGCUCGAGGCGCUGCUGGAGGAGCUGAGCUUCGUCCCGGGGUUCGCGUUCGUCAGGGACGCGUCGUACGUGCAGUUCCUGGACCGCGUCGGGCAGGAGGAGCAGAAGCUCCGGUCGGCCGGCGCGUGGGACGUGCCGCACCCGUGGCUCAACCUCUUCGUCCCGAGGUCGCGCAUCCACGACUUCGCCGCCGGCGUGUUCGACGGCGUCCUCAGGGGCACCAGGCCCGUGGGGCUCAUCCUCAUGUACCCCAUGAACAGGGACAGGUGGGACGACCGGAUGACGACGGUGACGCCCGAUGAGGACGUGUUCUACGCCGUCGGGCUGCUCCGGUCGGCGGUGGCCGCCGGCGACCUGGAACGGCUGGAGAGGGAGAACGAGGCGGUGCUGGGGCUCUGCGACCGGGCGGGCAUCGGGUGCAAGCAGUACCUGCCGCACCACGCGUCGCAGGACGGCUGGAGGCGGCACUUCGGGGCGAAAUGGGACAGGGUCGCCGCGCUCAAGGCCACGUACGACCCGCGAGCGAUUCUGUCGCCGGGGCAGGGCAUCUUCCCGGCCGCGGUGGCCAGCACGACGCCCGCUACAAUCACGGCGUCCUGAGAUUUAUUUAAUCUGUUCAAGUUGAAGGUUCGUCUGUUGGAAUCUGUACCCGUACCUCGUGCACGUAGAACCAGCGACCACUGGGUGGUCAGUAUUCAGUAGGUGUUCAGACUUCAGAGCAGAGCGUAGGAUUGCCACGAGGGGGUCCAAAUGGACCUGCUUUUAGUACCUCGAGUAUACGAAGUCGGUUUGCGGGCAAGGAAGCGGGCACUGGGGAUACAGUAGUUUGAUGUGUCCAUUCUUUUUCAGUGUACUUUGAUGUGUACUCUCCCUGUCUCUAAAUAUCAGUGUUUUUAGACAU